AUGAAGUUCAACACUAAACAAGACUUCAUUGAAGCGGUUAGAGAAUUCACUAUACAAGAGGGGAGGCAGAUCAAAUGGAGAAGGAAUGAGAGCUAUAGAGCAAGAGCAAUCUGUAUGUGGAAAAAACGAGGAUGUAAGUGGGUGGAUUAUGCAAGCAAAGAUCGUGAGGAGACAUGUUGGCAGAUGAAGACAUUUUAUAAUGAUCAUAUAUGUCCCAGAAAGAGCAAAAACAGAGCUGCAAAUAGAAAAUGGCUUGCAGGAAAAUUAGUCAAGAAGCUUAGGAAGUAUCCAAACCUGAAACAUGGAGAGGCAGCAACAUAUUUCAAGAGAAGAUGUGACUUAGAUUUGAACAAAUCAUCCUUGAAUAGAGCCCUUACAGAUGCACGGAAUGUUGUAUAUGGUGAUGCGGCUGCACAGUAUUUAAGGUUGAGGGACUAUGCAGAGACCCUUCUUAAGAGUAAUCAUGGAUCCACCAUUAAGAUCGGUUUUAGUCCCCAACUCGAUUCAGAUCCUAUUUUUGAAAAAAUAUAUAUUUGCCUUGACGGAUGCAAGAAGGGAUUCAAGGCUGGGUGUCGACCAUUAAUCGGCCUAGAUGGAGCAUUCUUGAAGACACUGUUUGGAGGACAAAUCCUCCCUGCAGUUGGCCAAGAUGCUAACAACCAUGUCUACAUCAUUGCUUGGGCCAUAGUGGAGAUAGAGAACAAAGAGAACUGGAGGUGA